AUGUCUGGAAACAAGGCCGCGCUGAAGGCUGCCAAAGUCGCCUUGGAUGCUGAGAAUUAUGAUGAUGCUGUCACUCAAUGCCAGAUUGUCCUAGCAUCAGAUUCUCGAAAUUACUUUGCCAAGCUUUUCUUGGGACGCGCAUACCAAAAACAGAACAAACUAGACGAUGCGGCAAAGACAUACAAUUCAGCUGCAGAAAUCAAGCCUGAUGAUGCACAAGCAUGGCUAGGUCUUUGCAAUUUGUACGAAAGUCAAGGUGGUGUCAAACUUGACCAAUAUCGCGAAGCUGCUCUCAAGGUUGCCGAGAUCCAGGCCGCUGCCGAAGACGCCCACAAAUGUCAAACUACUAUCAACAAACUGGUAGAAUUCACCAAGGAACACGGGACGACUGCUCAGUACAAACGCGCCCUGGAAGCUCAAUUACCUGGAAGCCCAAUCUAUGAUUUCUUGGAAGGUCGUCUACCAAGCCCUUCACAUACCUACACUCGCCUCAUCGAAAUCACCGAAGAAGAGGAGAAGCAACGCAUCAACAAGGAAAUUGGUGAGCGAAGAACAAGACUAGGAGCCAGGCUCAACCAAGUCACCACCGAUGUCCGCCGAGAAGUCUUUACAAAGAGCAACGUUGAGGAGCUAUAUCAGAAGCUGAUUGACUGGACCAACGACGAUGAAGUCCGCCGCGAGUACGAGCAGAAGCUUCUGCAAAGAGCUUAUGACACGUUAGUUGUUCUUACUGGUGAUGCAAAGGCCGCAAAGCGCGAGCAAGUCAUGGGUAUCGUGCAUGGCAUGGUCAUCAUCAAGCAUCCCUUCCUUCUUGCUUGGAUUACCGAACUGGACUGGAAGGAUGUUGCAAGCGUUUCUGAUCUAGAUGUUGGCGUCCUCAGAGAGUACCUGGAGUUCUUCCCCGAGACAAGUUUGGGCAAGGUGCUCAAGGCAUACCUCGACUGCGAGAUCUCACCGUUCCCUGCACCUCCCAAGGAUCCGGAACAGAAAGAGGAAGUCGUUGAGCCCCCACUCAACCAAGAGGAUAGAAUUCUCUUGAUGAGCGAAGGCCUCGAGGAUGGCAGCAAGUCUGUUCUGGCACAUCGUCUUGUUGCAGAGUACUACCUACACUUGGAAGAAUACGAGAGCGCAGUAGAUGUCGCCAGAACCGGUCUCAAGAUGCUCGAAUCAGAGAUCAGAAAGUCUGGUCUUGAUUUGCAGGACAACAAGGAUGCCUUUAACAGCACACUCGCUACUGCACUGGUAUACCAUCAGUCACCAAAGAACCACCCGGAAGCUAGAGAUCUCUUCAAUGACAUUCUGGCAAGAAAGUCCAAGCAUACUGCGACUCUCAUUGGAUUGGGUUUGAUACUGGAAGAGCAAGAGGAGUUCGAUGAGGCAGUCAAAUUCUUGUCGCAAGCACUGGAGCAGGACCCUUCUAACGUCCGAAUCGAGAUUGAGUCGGCAUGGUGCGAUGCUCUGCGCGGAAACUACGGCCCUGCUCUGGAGACCAUGGAGAAGUGUUUGCCCGAGCUGAAGCUGGACGACCCCAAAGCACGAGAGCUCAGAGCACAGACACUAUACCGCACUGGUAUUUGCCUUUGGAACCUCGACACUUCAAAGACUGCCAGAAGAGACCGCAAUGGAGCUUACGCCAGGUUCCUAUCCGCAAUCAAGACUAACGUCAAUCUUGCACCCGCAUACACUUCUCUCGGUUACUACUAUGCCGAUUAUGCCAAGGACAAGAAGAGAGCACGUCAAUGUUUCCAGAAGGCAUUUGAGCUGUCAGGAUCUGAGAUCGAGGCUGCUGAGAGACUAGCAAGAUUCUUCGCUGACCAGGGUGAAUGGGACAUUGUCGAGAUUGUUGCACAAAGAGUCGUCGACUCAGGCAAAGUCAGACCUCCGCCAGGCUCGAAGAAGAAGGGUAUCAGUUGGCCUUUCUCAGCCCUGGGUGUGGUUCAGAUGACUAAGCAAGAGUACUCCAAAGCGAUAGUUUCGUUCUUGUCAGCACUCAGAAUCAGUCCCAACGACUACCACUCCUACGUUGGUCUGGGAGAGAGUUACCACAACUCUGGACGUUACAACUCUGCAAGCCGAACAUUCAUUUACGCUGAAGAACCUCACGAUGGCAUUUCUAUGAACGUUACUGGCCAGAACUGGUUUACACGAUACAUGCUUGCCAAUGUCAACAGAGAGCUUGGUGAGCAUGAUGAAGCUAUUGCUGGUCUUCAAGAAGUCCUCACUGGUAGAGCUGAGGAGUUUGGUGUUCUCAUUGCACUUCUUCAAACCUACAUCGAGAAGGCUUGGAGGUGUGUAGAGACCGGCUUCUUUGGCCAAGCUGCUCACAGCGCAGUGCAGGCGAUCGAGCUUGCUCAGAAGAUCGCCGAAUUGAGACCUCAAGCCUUCAAUCUCUGGAAGGCAGUCGGUGAUGCUUGUUCAAUCUUCUACUGGAUCCAAGAUAGACUCGACAUAUUCCAUAGCGAUGUGACUAAGCAGAUGCUGACAAAGGAUGUGGAUGUCAAAGAGUUUGGCGUCUUGUCAGAAAUCGAUGGAGUUGACUCGAAGGUCCUCGAGAGCUCAACAGAGGGCGACAAUGCUGUUGCAUGUCCCGAGUAUCUGGCUCUUUCGCUACUCGCAUACAAGCGCGCCAUCUUCAGCUGUGCAAACGACGUACAUGCUCAGGCUGUAGCUUGGUAUAAUCUUGGUUGGGCGGAGCACAAGGCAUUCAGCUGCAGCGAUGCAAAGGCUGGCAAAAAAUUCCUUCGUGCAGCUGUCAGAUGCUUCAAGCGUGCCAUCGAGCUCGAGGCAGGAAACUCGGAGUUCUGGAAUUCGUUGGGUGUCAUCACGACCAGAUUGAACCCCAAGGUUUCACAGCAUGCCUUUGUCAGAUCGUUGCAUCUGAACGAGCGCAGUGCAAAGACAUGGUGCAAUCUCGGUGUUCUUUAUCUCAUCAACAAUGACUACGAGCUUGCUCACCAGGCGUUCGGUCGUGCUCAAUCAACGGACCCUGACUAUGCUCAUGCAUGGCUUGGUGAAGGUCUGAUUGCGCUGAUGAUGGGCGAUAAGAAAGAGGCCUUGUCACAUUUCACUCAUGCUUUUGAGAUUUCAGAUUCUGCUUCUUUGAUCUCGAAGCGUCAGUAUGCUGUUUCGGUCUUCGACAACCUACUCACUACUCCGUCGGCUUCAAAUGAGAUUACUGCACUAAUUCAACCAUUGUUUGCCUUGGAGCAGCUGCAUCGCCAGGUACCCUCGGAUCAGGCGUUCAACCACCUUGCGUCCUUGUUCUCUGAACGCGUGGGCGACCAUGGACCUGCUAUUGAGAUGCUUACAAGUCUUUGCACAUCAGCUGAGGCUGACUACGAAGCCACAGAAUCGCUUACCUCUCUCGGCCGAUUCGCUCUCGCCAAGGCCGAUCUUGCCAGAAACCAGCUUGCCUCGAAAGACUUUGAGUCAGCAGCAGAGAACGCAGGGACGGCCCUUGAUCUCUCUGCCGAAGCUGAUGCAAGUGGUUUGGAGCCAGACAGCAGACGUAAGGUUCGCUUGUCGGCUCAUCUGACUGCAGGUCUUGCCGCAUUCUACCUACAAAACAUGGACGAUGCCAUUGCAGCGUUCAGAUCUGCACUCGAGGAGAGCAACUCUGACCCCGAUGUUGUAUGCCUGCUCGUGCAAGUCUUGUGGGCUAAGGGCGGCGACGAAGAGAAGUCUGUCGCUCGCGAUCAGUUGUUCGACUGCAUCGAGAAGCACGACUCUCAUGUUCCUUCUAUUGUACUCCUUGGUGCUAUCGCUGCCCUGGACAACGAUACCGAUACCAUUGAUGCUGUACGCGAUGACCUCGCCUCUCUGCGUACCAACGAUAGCAUCUCCAUCUACGACCGCGAGCAUGUUGAACAAGUGUUUGGCGCCAUUGCCGGUCUUUCUUCUGAUGCAUCAGAGUUGGAUGCACUGAUUGAGACGCAGAGAGCCAUCAUGCUUGCACCACACCAAAGCCAUGGAUGGGCGCAACUGACAGACUUGACCGAGGAGGCAUAUCCGGCACAAAUGGCUCUAUUGACAUCGCAGAGAGCCGUGCCACCGUACGGUGAUCUUGGAGCGCAGGAGUUGGCAAAGGCGUUUGCAGGUACGGGUGUAGUCAGAGACGCACAGCGAGCCAUUGUACUGGCACCAUGGGAGAAAAGCGGUUGGGAGACUUUCGCAGACGCGGUGAGGUCCGCUUGA